AUGAUUCGAUAUUCAUUUUUAUAUUUCAAUAAAUAUUGCUAUCGACUUUCAGAUAAACUACAUAGAUUUAAUUCAAAUUUAGGAUUGAUUAGGAUAUGUGAUGCAUUCUUAUUGGCUUCUUUGAUACUGUGGAGAAGUUUCCUUUUUAAAUUAUUAAAUAAAACCUAAAUUAUAAAUAAAUAUAUGAUGAAAAUAAUCAAAAUACCUCUUGAAGGAAUAAUAGGAAUAAUACUUACUCCUUUUUUGGGUUUUGAAAUAAUAGAGAUGGCAAUUUUAUUAAGCAUUAUGAGUGCAGUUUAGAUGGCUGUGCUCUUCUCUUAUAAACUAAAUGAAAGAAGGUAUUUACAGAUGAAUCUAAGUUACACCAUGUGUUUAGCUAUAUUUUUUGUGGAAUGCGCUGUGAAACUAUAAAAUAUCAGUGUUUUUGUUCUCUAUUUCAUCUGUAUUGAGAUAGGAUAAGAGAGAGUAAACAAGGGAUAAUUGCAAAAACUCACAAUUUUUAUCAAUUUAUAUGCUUUAAUUAGAGUGUGCAGUUGGAAUUCGUAUGAUUUAUAUGCAUUUUUUGGAGGAAUUUCCUUAUUGUUUAUACAUCUGUAUUUAUUAUGGGCGAACCAAUAAAAGUAAGACAUAGACCCAUAGGCAUCAUACAUUAAGUCUUAUGAGAAAUCAAUUUUGAACAUUGUGUAAACUCCUGAAUACAGAAAACAAUAAUUCCAUUCAUCGGCGACAAGUUUUUAAUAGGAAUUGCAGGAAUGUUUCCAUUUCUUUAAUUUAAUACCGGACUCUUUGGUCCUGUUGACAGCCUAAAAUUUAGCAAUUCACUUUUGUAAUUCAGCGACUUUGGAGUUAUUUAGGAUAAGUGACAAGGCUAAUUUUAAGACAUGUUUAGAAUAAUUAACUGAUGUUGUGUCCACUCAGGCUAAACCAGACAUCAGAGAUCCCAGAGAUUCAUUUCCCUCUUUUUAGAGUUUUUAAUAAACUUUCCAGUAAUGCAAAAUUUCCAAUAAUCGAUAUUCGAAAGAAGAAAUAGAAUUCAACGUAAUUGAUUUUCAUUUAAUUAGUAAAUUCUUUGUGAUUUGAGGAACAUCAAACCAAACAAAAGAUUUUUUUAGAUCCUAAAGAAUAGUCCUCAUAACACAGUUUUUAUUGGCAGUUAUUUGGGAAAUUGGUAUGAAAACGAGGGUUGUGCAGAUCUCGAGUAACCAAGAAAGCGUCUAUUAGAAAUCAAUGCUCAUGCUACGUUGGUUGAUGAGAAAUUAAUGAUUUUACUGCAAAUAAGGGAUGUUACUCACAGAGAUUAUAUAAAGUUGAUGAAAAAAUAAUACCAAGUCAAAUCAAGUAUAAUUUCAUUUGUUAGUCAUGAAUAUAGAACUCCACUUAAUUCCAUUAUUUAGUUUAUCUCUGCUUUACAGGAUGAAAGAGACCCUAGUGUUUAAAGUAAGUACAUCAAAAUUGCUUUGUUAAAUUGUAAGUAUUUGCUCAACCUAUCAAAUGAUUUAUUGGAUUUUGCAUAAUUGAAAGUAGGUAAAUUUUCAAUCUGUCCUGUUUAAAUGGAUCUUAAGAAAUUGAUUGAAGAAUGCAUGGAAUUAUUUAAAUUAGAAGCAAACUUAAAAAAAAUUAAUCUGACACUAAACUACCGAAAAAGUGCUCCACGAUUAUUGAAUAAUGAUCCAAAUAGGAUUCGACAAAUUAUUAUCAAUCUUCUUGGCAAUGCUUUCAAAUAUACUUUGUAAGGAUACAUAGAUAUUAGAGUGUCCAAUUAUCAUAACACUUCUUUAAAAAUAGAGGUCCAUGACACAGGACUCGGAAUUAAGGAGGAACAUAAAGAAAGACUCAUAUAGGCUUUUGCCAGAGUGGAAGAUUCAGAAAGUAAAAAGUUGAAUCCGCAAGGAGUUGGGUUGGGAUUAAUUAUUAGUAAUAUGAUUGCUAGAAAUUUGAGUUUUAAUGAAAAAGGAUUACAAUUUCAAUCAGAAUAUUAAAAUGGCUCCUCAUUCUGGUUCUAUAUUGCUAAGAAUAUUUAAGAAUCUGAAAUUUAAGAAGAAUCGGAAGAUAUUGAUGAAGAAAGUCCAGAAAGAAGGUAAUCUUUAUGGAGAUACAAUAAUAUCAAGACGCAACACAUAAAUAAAUGUCAAUGUGCUAACAUUUUAAUUGUUGAUGAUAACGCUUUCAAUAUAGAAGUUCUAAAAUUCUUAAUUUUAAAGAUUAAUUCAUCUCUUAAAUUAGAAUUUUCUUUAGAUGGCCAUACUGCUAUCUAAAUGGUAAAAUCUAAUAGGUGUAAUAAAUGUAAUGGGUAUAAUUUAAUAUUUAUGGACAUCGAUAUGCCUACCAUGAAUGGCAUUUAAGCCACUUCGAUAAUUAAGAAAUAAUAUCCAAAAAUUCAAAUUAUUGGGUGUUCAGCCUAUGCCAAAUAAGAAGAAGAAAAUUUGGCACUUUAAAAUGGAAUGGAUGGAUAUUUAGUUAAACCAGUUUAAAUUGAUUAGCUUAAAAACUACUUAAAACUAGAACUUUGA